UCUGCUAUCGGGAUCAGCGGGCUUUCUGCCACUCGGGGAGGAUGCCCACCUAAGCAGAGCGGGCCAGGCAAACCCCUGCUAUUUCCGAGUAGGACAACGCACUCGAGAAUAUUCCCUAAGAGGCACUCCUUCUCAUAUUCGUAUCUUGUGGUUGGCAUCCCUGUGGGCUGGGCAGGGGCAUCUGGCGGCUUGAUCUCCGCCGAUCUACCGCCUUCGCCUAAGUGGCUGUCGUGGCUCUGGCCGGGCACGGGGGUGACCAAAGGGUGGUACCAUGUCGAUGCUGCGGACUAUCUCGAGCGAGGAAAUGGUCACUUGGGUCUCCGUGGGAAGCUCGAUGCUUACCUCGCGUCUUUGGGAAUCGACCCUGGGCUGUAUCCCAAAGCCUACCUCCUAACUGCCGCCAAGUUCCUCGGCUACCAUUUUAACCCCGUGUCUUUUUGGUAUCUCUACGGAGCGAACAACGAGAUGGCGGCCAUGAUUCUGGAAGUCAACAACACCUUCGGCGAAAGGCGAAUGUACUUCCUGCUUCCCACGGAACGAGAUACCGAUCGUCGAAUUACGCAGCCGGACGUGGUGGACGGCAAACCUUUAACGAGACUCAAACAGAAAUGGCCCAAGGACUUCCAUGUGUCGCCAUUCAACUCGCGAAAAGGGACGUACACGCUAGAUGCCCACGAUGUCCUCGCGCCGGGCACGCAGUGUCAUGGCAACAUCGACAUCACCAUUGUGCUGCAAUCUUCCAAGGCGCACGGCAAACUUGUCGCCAAAAUAUUUUCCGACGGCCCCAGCAUUGAUCCCGCCCAGUUGUUCUUGUGGCAACGUAUCAACUUUCUAGCCCGGUGGUGGUGGGUGGGGUUUAUCACCUUUCCCAGGAUAGUCAAGGAAGCGGGCGUGCUCUUCUUCCUGAGGAAGCUCCAUGUCUGGUUCCGUCCCGAGCCGCUGAAGGAAACCGUCGGACGCCUGGCCGAUAAAAUAGAGCGCGACCUGGAGUUCGUCUUCAGGAGGUACUUGCGGCACAUUGUGGAACGAUCCGAAUCGGCCUUGGUCGUCAAGUAUAUCCCAGGCGGCAUCUCCAACGCCACGGCCGAGCUCAUGCUCUCACCCUCGGCCGCGCGGUCCGAACAUCACGAAACUGAGCACCUCGAGUUCAAGGUCCUGACGCCGGCUUUCUACUCGCGAUUUGUUCACUAUGCCCACGAUCUAGAGGCCUUGUUUUGCGAGCUGCGUGAAAGCAACACCAUCUGGCUGUCCAACCCGGAACUCCUCCCCAAGCUGGCACUGCGGAGACCGCCGCCGCCGCUCCAAGCGACGAGCUAUGUGGACUUUGUAUCAUUCAAAGCUCUCCAGAGGCUCCGGCAGCGACCUGAGCGGAUUGUACGGCCACUUACCUCCAGCCAGACAAUCGCCACAAAUGCCUCGGCUCAAGACGUGAGGGGCUUCCGCAUCUCCUCCAUGGACGCUUUUGUGCUCUCCUACAAUGACCCGGAUAUGAAGGCCGUAUAUCGAAACUCUACCCUCAGGCUGUUCAUCGCAAACAGAACGGCCAUGGGCAUAGUGCCGCUGCUCGAGGGCCAAAUAUUCCUGCUACGUCUUGCUACCGCUUGGCUUAUCGCACGCUCCUUGAACGCUUUAAUUGCGCUGCUAUCAAACACAAUGACAGCCUGAUAAUGAUCACGGGUGUUUCGGAUGGGCAGUUGGUGGAUAUAGACAUCUAUGGGGGUGCUUAUUCGAGUGAUCUGAUCGAGGCAGCUAUCUUACACAAGUGUCAAGUUUUCCACUUUCCAGCUCCGAACAUACUCCCACGUCAUCCUUGGCAGCUCGAUGAUACCCUCUCUUCUGUAGGCGCAC